UGCUCAUUAACGUCCGCUCUCGUACCCCAGACUAGAAGGACCCCCAGUGGACUUUCAGUACCGUUUCACUCUUUGGCUAACGUCCCCCCAAAAUCGCAAACAUGACCAGAAAAUUCUUCGUUGGUGGAAACUGGAAGAUGAACGGCGACAAGAAAAGCCUCGGGGAGCUCAUCCAGACCAUGAACGGAGGCAAGGUGGACUCAAAUGUCGAGGUGGUGUGCGGCGCUCCAUCGAUCUACUUGGACUUUGUCAGGUCCAAACUGGACUCCAAGUUCGGUGUGGCUGCUCAGAACUGCUACAAAGUUCCCAAGGGCGCCUUCACUGGGGAGAUCAGCCCUGCGAUGAUCAAGGACUGCGGUGUGAACUGGGUGAUCUUGGGACACUCCGAGAGGCGCCACGUCUUUGGAGAGAAUGAUGAGCUGAUUGGUCAGAAGACUGCUCAUGCUCUGGAGAACGGCCUUGGCGUGAUCGCCUGCAUCGGCGAGAAGCUGGAUGAGAGGGAGGGAGGCAUCACUGAGAAGGUCGUCUUUGCUCAGACCAAGGUCAUCGCAGACAAUGUAAAGGACUGGAGCAAGGUCGUGCUCGCCUACGAGCCUGUGUGGGCCAUUGGCACUGGGAAAACCGCCUCCCCACAGCAGGCACAGGAAGUUCAUGAGAAACUGAGGGAGUGGCUGAAGACCAACGUCUCUGAGGCCGUUGCCAACUCUGUGAGGAUCAUCUACGGAGGUUCUGUCACCGGUGCUACCUGCAAAGAACUUGCCUCCCAGAAGGAUGUUGAUGGUUUCCUUGUAGGCGGAGCCUCCCUGAAGCCAGAGUUCAUCGACAUCAUCAACGCUAAGGCAUAAAAUGCGGGCAGUUGCAAUGCGACUGGAUUAGAGUCCAACUCCAGACGGUCCAGUUCUUCAUCCCUCGUUCUCAGCACUUAGUCCUUUCCCCCUUUUUUUUUUUUUU